UUGCCAGUUUGGGUAGAUACAUCACGGUGGUUAUACACUGGCACGAGGGGGUGGAUGUUGCAAAACCUGUUCUCAUGUUCACGGGUUGCAGUACACUUGUACACAAACAAGUUGACAGUACGAAUUAGGAGAAUAAAGUGGUGCCAGUGACAACAAGCUCAAUUUCCGUGGCUGGAUAGCGGCUGUGAAUUUUAUGUAAAAUUAUUAAAAAUGUCCGGAGAUCAAUUUAGUUUAGAAACUCUUCCUGAGAAUGAGAUCGUUGAGUUGCUUGACCAGGAAGUGAUAAUUGAUGAGACAGAGAGAGCAGCAGCAAUUGCUGCAAGGAAAGAGGAAGCAAAGAUAAAACGAAGAAAGAAAAAGAAAACUGCCAGUUCCACUUCCUUAGCUUCUAAUACGUUCCAGGAGCUAUACCGGUUAACAGAUGAUAUCUUGGGCCAGGGAGCGUACGCUAGUGUACGCACCUGCAUCAAUAUAUACACAGAGAUGGAGUACGCGGUCAAGAUCAUUGAUAAGGUGCCCGGUCACAGCAGAACAAGGGUCUUCAAGGAGAUAGAUACCUUCCAUCACUGCCAGGGCCACGCUAAUAUCAUCCAGCUGGUCGAGUACUUCGAGGAGUCGGAAAGGUUCUACCUGGUGUUCGAGAAGGUUCGAGGAGGUCAACUCCUUGACCAUAUUCAACGGAGGAAAUGUUUCUCCGAGCGUGAGGCUGCGAUGAUUGUUCGAGAUGUGGCCUCCGCCCUUCAGUUCCUUCACAGCAAAGGAAUUGCGCACCGAGAUUUGAAGCCUGAGAAUGUUCUGUGCGUUCAUCCGGAUAGAAUUACGCCGGUCAAACUCUGUGAUUUUGACCUGGGCAGUGGGAUAAAAUUCCAUAGUGGAGGAGGAAGUGAUACAACUCCGUUACUCCUGACCCCCGUAGGUUCAGCAGAGUUCAUGGCCCCAGAGAUCGUGGAGGCCUUCAUCGAGGAUAAUGAGCUUGAUCUCAAAUAUGAUAAAAGAUGUGAUUUAUGGUCCCUGGGUGUGAUGCUGUAUAUCCUACUCUGUGGAUAUCCACCCUUCUCCGGGCAGUGUGGUUCUGCCUGUGGUUGGAACCAGGGUGAGAGCUGUGACGACUGCCAGGCGAACCUGUUCAAUAACAUCCAGGAGGGCAGGUUCGAGUUCCACAAGGAGGAGUGGAGUCAUGUCUCAGCAGAGGCCAAGGAUCUUAUCUCGAAACUUCUUAUCAAAGAUGCUAGGAUGAGGUUGAGUGCCGCCAAGGUACUCUCUCAUCCCUGGUUGGAGACCAACAGCACCACGGAGCUACCGUCCUCCACCAUGUUCCGCCUCAAUAACAACGCCAAGCAUCUGAACGAGUUCGCGGAGUCUGCUUCGGCGGUUAAUCGAGUUAUGCUCCAACAUUGCUCAGUGAACCUCUGGGAUAUACCGGCGAGGCCAAAUGAAGGCGAGGUUGGAUUAUCUCCGCCAUCGGAGUCAAGGCUCCUCCAGCGGAGGAAGUCCAUGCAGAGUCAGAGCCUGCAUCUCUCCGGAUAUAGAACUGGAGACAAGGUCAUAAAGAUUCAGGAUCUUUGUGGCCCGGCUGUAAUUGCCUCUCCAUCCUGUUAGCUCUUGGAGUAGACACAGCUCUAUAUAUCUUGAUAUCAGCAGUUUCUAAAUGCGCCAGCAUCUAGAAUCUAGAUGUAGAAAUCCACACUAUAAUGGCGUUUAUAUAUUUAAGAUCGCGAUUUUAAGUAGUGAUACUAGCCAUAUAAUCAACCAUCUGCUAGUUCAUUAAAUCUAUGUAUGAAAAUCUAUUGCCAGUGAAGAAGCUUUAUAUUUCAGCUGCUUCUGCUGCUACCUCUGUUAAUUCUAGUAGCGUAGAUCUGCUGCUCUAAAUGCGUCAAAAGCGUCAGUCCGUUCAGCUUGUAGUCCGACCAGAACCAACAUCAGCUGAUCUCUCCAAGCUGUCCAGACCAAUGGCUGUGCCUGUGUUCCCGAUACAAAUCGGUGUGAUUGUUUACCUGCAGUUUUUUUUUGUUAAAACUGGAUUAAAAUCCUAAAUUCUUUUUUUUUGUCAAUCCUAAUUUUCGGAUUCGUUCAUAAAUUUUACAAAUCAUCCAGUGUUAGACUGAAAUAUUUUUUUUAUAUUUUUCUACAUUUGCUGAAAGGGUCGGUGUAAAUGAGAUAUACAUAUAUAUAUCCAACUAUAUUCAUAUUAAUCAUUAUACCGGGAUAUAUAUUCAUCAAAAUAAGAUCUUGGAUUGACGCGUCCAAAUAUCCAUCACGGAGUUGGCAAAUAUCCAUGGAUGGAUUCUUUGCUCCCGCCAUGAUGGAUUUUUUCAUUCUAAGCUAGGGAUUCAAGUUGUUCUUGAUCCCUGGCCCUAAAGGAUCCUGGUAUCCAUAAUCCAGUUUCUAUCCAUCAAAGAAUCUCUUCUUUUUGAAUAACACUGAUCCAAGAUCUGUCUGUUGUUGAAUUGGAAGGUUCUGGAUCAAGGUUUCUGGAAGCUAGGAUCCUAAGAUGCUCGACUGCGGAGAUGACUAAUAAACUCCUGCGUCUUGAUUUCAAACAACAAAAUCUCCCAGUCAGAGUUCAUCAUUAAAUAAUAUUGGGAUAAUUUGUUCACAAAAUAUUUUCUUUUAUUCGAUUAAAGAAAUUUGAUUCCCAA